AUGCGCCUGCAGCAUGUGAUACAACAGCAGUUCCGCCGACUCUCCUACCGCGCCCCAAUCCUCCGCCAUGUGUCGAUUACGACAACCUUGCUGUCCCUGAUAUGGAUCUACGCAAUCUACUGGGGCGAGCGCUCGGUAUACCAUAGCAGCGUCGAAGCAUGCGCAUGGGAGAAGUGGGAAGAAUGGCCUCAAGAAGCGAGUCCACACCAUCUCGUGCUCAUCGCUGACCCACAGCUCGUCGAUCCACACACCUACCCUGGACGACCAUGGCCGCUCUCGACGAUGACAGAGCGGUAUACCGACCUGUAUAUGAUGCGCAACUUCCGGCUAAUCAACGCAAACUUCGACCCGGACAGCAUAUUCUUCCUCGGCGAUUUAUUUGACGGAGGAAGAGAAUGGCCGCCGGAGAAUGCUAGGAUCGUGGACAAGACGGGGAGGAAGUACAUGGAGGAGCAGGGAGUCCUGGAGCCGAAGGCAGUGAAGAAGCGUAGUAUGGGGGCAGCACUUUCGAAGCCGCAUGCCAACUCUAUGCUAAAGGAAGAUCACAACAUUGGCAAGAACGGCGAGGAUCUGAAGGCAUUCAUACCGGGUGGCUAUGGGAAGUUUGCGAAGUACGGGAGCAAGCAGUGGUAUAUCGAUCUCGAUCGGUUUGCGAAGAUCUUCUACGAUCCAGCGCAGGUGUAUCCGGACUCGCACCGACAGAUGCUGGCGGCGUACGACGUGGCAGCGGAUGCGACGAGUGUUGCGAAUGGCGCCACUGGAGAGUCGUGGCAGGAGUAUGCUACAUCAGGCGGCAAGUCACGAAAGGUUGUAGCGAGUUUGCCUGGGAAUCAUGAUGUCGGUUUCGGAGCUGGUGUACAGCUGUCUGUUCGGGAGCGCUUCGAGAGCCAUUUUGGAGCCAGCAAUCGCGUCGAUGUUGUCGGUAAUCACACGAUCAUCAGCAUCGACUCGCCGUCCCUUUCGGCACAUAGCCAAUAUUUAAAAUCUGGCUGGGAGAGUGAGGCGGCGCAGUCCGAACAGCUCGACCAUAUCUGGCAACCUACCUGGGAUUAUCUCGACAAUAUAGAUCAACCAGUUGGGAAAGCAGUCAGUGAUGCCUUGCAUGAGUACUUCCCGGAGAGCAGACCAAAAGGCUGGAGUCACGAGGUGGUGGACCCAGAGGAUGCAGAAAAGAUCGCAGCACAUAAGGCUGUCAACGAGGCCGCGAAGAAGAGGCCUCACCUGCCCGUCAUCUUGCUGACGCAUGUACCGCUCUUCCGAAACCCAGACACCGACUGUGGCCCCAUGCGGGAGAGAGGGAAUUCGAUCAAAGUGCAGUUCGGCUACCAGUACCAGAAUGUCGUUACCCAAACACUAUCGAAAGACAUCGUCCACAAAGUCUCAGCAGCCGGCGACAUUAUCCAGGUCUUCUCGGGCGACGACCACGAUUACUGCGACGUCACGCAUCGGUAUAAUGUCCCGCAGCCUGGCACAAAGUCCUACUUCCCGAAUGAUGACAGCCUGAAAGCCCGCUACCAGCAGAUCAAAGAGAUUACCGUCAAGAGCUUCAGCUGGGCCAUGGGCGUCCGAAAACCCGGCUUCCUGCUUGUCAGCCUCUGGAAUCCAGUCGACGCUCAAGGCAAGACGAUUGGCACACCACUCCCCACGAUCCAAAUCCACAACUGCCUCCUCCCCGACCAACUCAGCAUCUUCAUCAACUACGGCCUUCUCUUCCUAAUCACCUUCCCCCUCCUCCUCACCCAAUCCAUCCUCCGCAUCUUCCGCACAUCAUCUGAAUCCAGCCGCCUCGAUGCUCCACCCUCGGACACAGACAGCAAAUCACCACUCCCCCGCUUCCAAUUCACGAACGGCAGCCUCGCCCCCGCCUCCCCCACCCACCAACGCGGCACCUCCUCCACCUCCUCCCAUAGCACCACCAACCCCGACACCGCCAACCCCAGCGUCCAGCGCAACACCACCGCGCGCGCCCGCAGCGUCAGCCCGGGGUCCUACACCACCAACCCUCAACCCAGCAAAUCCCAACCCACCGGCGGCUUGAUCGACAAAGCCGGCUUCUUCCCCGCGGUGAAGUGGAUCGACCCUGCGGACGAGGAGUCGGACGAGGAGUCGAUUGUGGGUGUUGACGGGGUGGAUGGAGCCGGAGAGGAGGACGAUAGUCAGGCGAAGUGGAAGUGGCGGCAGCGGACGCGGACGCCUUGGGGGUGGAAGGAGAGGGUAAGGAGGGUGGGGUGGGAGUUUGGGCUGGAUUUGGUGGUGGUAGUGGUGCCGGCUGGGGGAUGGUAUUUUUGGUUGAUUGGGAGGGGGUAG